AAAAGUUCUCAAACUGCACAAAACUAUUUGCAAGCUGUGAUACCGAAGUAGUUUGAGUGCACGCUGUCUGUAACAAAGAUGUUGCGAUUUAGAGUGAGACCGCGUCCCCGUAUUAUGUCCGGCGUUUGGGGGCUGGGCGGUGGGCAGAAGGGACGGUUAGAGCACCUCAGAAGGCUGGUCACUAAGCUGAUUAAGACCGAACGUGUUGAAUGGUCCUGGCAUCAGCUAGAUGAAGCUAGAGGUUACGCCGAAAAGCUCAUCAUGAUGGCCAUAAGAAAUGGGGAUCAGCAUAAACCAACCAUGGAGAUGGCAGACUACUGGCUUUUGGAAAAGGAGCUGAUCCACAAGCUCUUUAAAGUAUUGGUACCACGAUAUCAGAACCUUCCAGUAGCAGCCACUAAUCUUUACCGCUUACCAGAUAAUAAAGAGAGACGUGAAUGCAUGCAAGGAGUGCUGGAACUCAAAGGUAAUCCCUGGCCACCUGUGCUGCCCCAACCACGUGAUAAAAGACUAUUGUUGACAAAUAUUCUCCUCCGUGAAGCAUGUCAAGAAUAUAACCAAAACCGCCAAAGAAGUAGCAGUAAUUCUCAGAUAAUCCAGACUCAGGAAACUGGCAACCCAUCUUCAACAUCCAAUUCUAACACCAUGGGCAGUUCUGUUGAUCCUAUAAAUGCAGAACUUCCAGGUGAAGGACUACAAAACAUGAAUGCAGUUUCUCCAGAAACUAAAGUGGGGUCUUGAUUGGAAGGAAGCGAAUUUUAUCUUUGUGUUAAAAGAAUGGAGCAUUGAUCAAGCUCUGGUGCCUAAGACUGUGGUUUAGAUCUCUGAAAGUUAACAUGAAUGGACUAUUUUGCAGGUCAUGCCCAGAUGUGUGUUGAAAUGUUGGUAGUAAAUAUGUGUAGAUUUCAAAGUGUUAAAGCUAACCUGAAACUGUGAACUUUGAUGGAUUUUGAAGAAUGCUUCCAUGCAAUAAAAGAUGUACAGAAAUA